UCUUUAAAAGAGACGCAGAAGUGUUAGUCUUAAAUCAGCUGUUUGUCAAAAUAAUAAUCAAUUAACUGGCAUAUAUAGGUAAACAAUAAUAAAAUCCUUAAUUCAAUGCAACAGAUAAAUACUGCUGUUUCUGCUUCAAAUAUAUGAAUUUUAUCUCUCAGGCAAAUAACAUUUACAGAGCGAUGGCAUCGGCUGUUUCUGACAAAAUCAGGGAACGAAGAAACAGAGUACUGUUGGGACCACUCCCAGAAGAUUUUUUGCGUCUCAAUAUUUCCCCCCAAGAACAGCAAGAAGCUGCAGAUCGUCAAGCUGCUAUUGCCUUGCAACAGCAAUACACUGUGGGAGCCAUUCCUAAUGCAGCAGGCAGGCUAAACAUUACAAUUGUCCAGGCGAAACUAACGAAAAAUUAUGGAAUGACCAGAAUGGAUCCCUACUGUCGCAUUCGAAUUGCACAUUCAACCUAUGAAACUCCCACUGAUCCUAACGGAGGAAAGAAUCCUAGAUGGAAUAAAGUAAUCUCUUGCAUGGUUCCCCAAGGAAUCCAAACAAUAAGCAUCGAAAUUUUUGACGAACGAUCAUUUACUAUGGAUGAGUUAAUAGCUUGGUCUCUCGUUACUAUACCGCCCAAGGUUCUGGCUGGUGAAACGGAUGAGAACUGGUAUAAACUAAGCGGCAAACAAGGCGAAGAUGUGGAAGGAAUGAUCUUCUUAGUUAUGACUUAUAGCCCUGCUGGGCCAUAUGUGUAUCAGCCGUAUAACCAACUGAUGCUUGUUCCAAGAGUUGAUGUUGGCGGUCCGCAUGGGCCUCCUAUAAAAGUAUUUCAUCGUUCUCCCAAAGCCGGAGAUUCAUUGCCACCGUUAGAGCUUGUUUUAAGCGAAACUGAUCUGAAACAGAUUGAAGAAAUGUUCCCCAACUUGGACAAAGAAGUGAUUAAAACUGUAUUUGAAGCAAAUAGGGGAAACAAGGACAGAACCAUUAAUUCUCUCCUACAAAUGGCCGAUUGAGGUGUUACAAAGAAAUCCUUUUUCUUGCUAAUACAUAUUGCCAUAACUUUUGGUUAAACAAUUUUUGCAUCCUUUUUUAAUGUGAUUUCCAAAUAUAAUAAUGGUCUAAGUAUUUAACAGGUGUCUCGUGAUUACAUGUAGUUAAUCACUAUAUAUUUUACUCUUAGCAACAUAUUUUAAUAAUUAGUGUUAUACUCAGUAAGGGUCUUGUCUCAUUAAAUAAACUGUAUGCUAAUGUUA